UCAGCAAAUGGAGGCGCUAAGAGGAGGUUGGGACGCAGGCAAAGGAACGGAUUUCCUGGCCUCGGAACAUCCUGGUUCUUGUUUCGGGGGGCGGCGGGGGAGGUCUCUCUCCUUUUUUUAAAAAUCAUGUACUUACAAGUCAUUUACUGGGUGUCAAGCCCUGCAGGAGUGAUUGAGUGGUCACGCAGAGACUCAGGUCCUGUCCCGGUCACCCUGACCUCAAAAGCAAUGAGGGAUUUUUUUUUAGGCAGCAGCAUGAUUUCUGAUGCUCAGUGCUUGAAAAUUCAAGUUGGGGGAAGAAAAACCCCAGCUCUCAAGCCAAGCAAAGAACCUUUGAUUUUGUUAUAAGCAGCUCUCCAUUCAUCCUGGUGGCUUCACUUGCUCAUGUUCUUUGCAAGUCACUGGUCUGGCCCAAGGUCUCUGGUUUCUGGCACACAUCAUCACUGGAUCCUCACCGGAACUCCUCUCGCACAUCCCUCAGCUGCCUGGAGUCACUGAGAUCCUGCUGGUAUCCUGCCACAGGACCAGUCCCUUCACCAACUUCAGCAGGUCCUCGAUGGGGCAGAUGUCGGGCUGUGGGCCUGGGUGGUCAGUCCAUGCCACUGGGGCCACCCACCUCAGUCAAGGGGCAGAGCCGGCUCCCCUACACCGUGUGGGCAGGGCUCUUCCUACAUAGCUUUGGCUGUCCUCGAACUCACAAUGUGCACCUCAGGCAGGGGUCCUGGCUGUCUGGAAACUUCCUGACUAUGUCAAUGUCAUCUGCUGCUGGGUUUCAAGAGACAGGAUGUGUUCUCAUGUUUCCCUUCAUGUUUAUGUCAGCUCAAGCCUCUGUGAGCCGUAAAGAUUUACGUAGAACUUCGUCUCGAUUUUAUUAUUCAUCGUUCAUCAUUUUCCACCAGGGCCAGUGGCAGACCGUGCAUACGGAAAGCCUUUCCGCCUCUGGGCACCCUGGGAAUGACACUAAGAACAGCAUCCGGAGAGACAGCCGCCAGGCACGGUGUGGGGCACAGGGCCCUAUAGUGACGGAUAGACUGAAGGAAAUCAGUGGGGUACACAGGGUAGUCCCCAGUGCAGAGAGCAGCAAGCCAGGAGGGAAAGUGGCCCUGAGCCUCCACAGUGAUGGAAGGAAUAACUCCACACACGGCACUGUGGGGGUUGGAAAGAAAAUGACCCGCAAAGGGAGUGGCACUAUGAGAAGGUGUGGCCUUGUUGGUAUGGGUAUGCUUGUGGGUAUGUUCUUGUUGGAGGAAGUGUGUCACUGUGGGGGUGGGCUUUGAGCUUUCCUAUGCUCAGGACACUGUCCAGUGGGUCUCAUUCAGCUUCCUGUUCACCUGCACAAGAUGUAGAUCUCUCGACUCCUUCUCCAGCACCAUGUCUGCCUGCACGCCGCCACGCUCCCUGCCAUGAUGAUAAUGGACCUCUGAAACUGUAAGCCACUGCCCCAAUUAAAUGUGUUCCUUUAUAA